GUGCAUUUCCUAUUUCUUCAGCCGACUUGAGCAGGGAACCUUGUAGUUAUCGGUAUAUAUCCAGGUCUGACCUCUGAGAAAACUAACUCACCUUUUCUCCUUCAACCCAGCAACAUAUGGCCUCUGCCUGGACUGAGGAGGAGACCUUUGUCUGCUCAGUAUGCCUGGAUACCCUGAAGGACCCUGCCACUCUACCCUGUGGCCAUUCAUACUGCUUGGCUUGUAUCCAGAGCCACUGGGACAAGGGAGAUAGCAAGGGUCAGCACAGCUGCCCCCAGUGUAGGCAGGUCUUCAACCCUCGGCCCUCGCUGGCCAAGAGCACUGUCCUUGUGGAGGCUAUGGAAAAACUGAGAACCAACAGCCUCAAGCAGAGCUCCUCCACAGCUGCCUCCUCAGCCCCACCAUCGAUGCCUGUCUACCUGGAGGUCCUACCAGAUAUGGGGCCACAACAGGGCAGCAUGUACCCUCAGCUUCCUUUAGUGGAACCCAGACCCUGCCCUCAACACAACCGACCCCUGGACCUAUUUUGCCACGAAGACAAGGAGUGUGUGUGUGAGUUGUGUUGCCAACAUGGACACAACGGGCAUCGUGUGCUCAAACCACAGGAAGAGAGGAAGGAGAGACAGCAAGAGCUUGUUCACAUGCAGGCAGAGGUACAGAGGAGAAUUCAGGAGACUGAAAAGACGCUUAAGGAGCUUCCACAUGCUGCUCGCCAACACAAGGCCUUGGUCCAGGCUCUAGAGCAAGAGAGCACAGAUUUAUUCGCAGAGCUAGCCAAGAAUGUGAAUGGAACAGGCACCCAGGUUGGUGAGCUCCUCAGCACCCAUGAGACCUCCUUAGGCAGUCAGGUUGAGGGCCAGAUCCACAGACUGGAGCAGGAGGUGGCACAGCUCCGCUGGAGGAGUGAAGAGCUGAGCAGACUGGCUGACAUGCAGGACCACAUCUGCUUCUUGAAGAAUUUCCUAACCAUGGAGCCCCUGGGUCAGAUGGGUGUCACAAGAGAGUCAGUGCUGAGUCAGGAGGAGGCGGUGGUAGCCUCCAUCCGCUCAGUCAUGAAAGAACUACAAACGUCAGUACAGGAGCUCUGCAAAGCCAGCCUGGCCAAGAUCCUCACAUUAGUGAAUCAUGGCCCUGUGGCUUCAACACCCAAUGGUGCAGUAGUAGACACUACAGCAGCUGAUAACUGUGGGCAGGCCAGUGCACAAAACACAGUGUAUGAAAUGACAACAGACCCUCCACCUUUGCCACCUCCACGAGCUCAAGGGCACAAUUCUUCAUCCAAAUAUCCAGCUUUACAUCCUGCAUGUGCUCAAGUUGUUUGUGAAGCUUCAGCCCCUCCUCCACCCUUCCCUCCUCAUCGACCUCCAGGUCAUAUUAACCGAGGUUACACAACAGUGGGACCUGUGAAUCCAGAACCAAAGUCUAGAGAUGAAUUGUUAAAAUUUCGCUUUGAGCCCACCAUGGACCCCAACACCUCGUAUCGCCAUGUGCUGCUGUCAGACGGAGGUCAUAAGGCCACGAUGCGGGCUGAAAACUUGAACCCACCAGACCAUCCUGAACGCUUCGACUUCUGGAGACAGGUUUUCUGCAGGGAGCCCCUGGCUGGGAGCCCUUACUACUGGGAGGUGGAGUGGACCGGCCAGAAGUUCACCAUUGGCGUGGCCCACAAGGAGAUGGAACGGAAAGGUUCUGAUGACAAAAGCCGUUUGGGCCACAAUCCCCUGUCCUGGAGCUUGUACUGGUCCGGGACUGGCUUCUCCUUCUGGCACGAUGGGCAGGAAAAACUCCUGGGCUCACCUAAGGCCAAGCGGAUCGGCGUCUAUCUGGACCAACUUGUCGGGACUCUGGCUUUUUACCGCAUCGCCAACAACCAGGCUGAACUCAUCCACCGGCACCAGACCCAGUUCACCGGCCCACUGUACCCAGGGUUCAGGUUCUGGGCAGGAGUAGGGGCCACAGUGACUGUUUCUCAAUUGGAUUAAGUUGUGUAUGAAUGAUGGGCUCUUGCUUGUUUUGAUAUAACCUGCUUGUCUGGUGGUACGCAUGUGACUUUGCGAAAUUUGAAUAAGGAAGUACAUGUCUUCUUGCUCUGGAGGUCCUUCCAGAUGAAAAACAAAACUGUUCAUGAGUAUCUGGCUUCAUAAUAUUCCUUUUGCACCCACCUUUUAUUAUUCUGAUGUAAAUCUUUCAAAAACGUCUUUUAAAGUAAA